CAAUAUUCCAAUGGAAGAAGUUGAGCUGCCACCAGAGCAAUCGCCUCUAUACCAGGAACCGCGUUAUCCGGAUUUUGAAGUUUUCUCGGAAAUAGAAGAAGAAGAAUACGUCAUACCCCCUACGUCACAAAAAGAAACUGUAGAGGUCCACGGUGAGCCUAAGACACCUUCACAAAAUCCUGGGGAUGCUGAUUUCCAUGAGAAUAAACUAGGGGAUCCUCAAAGUAACAGCAAAGAUAUGGAUGAAGAUCAGUAUCCGGAAUACGAAAAUAUGGAAAACAAUUCUUUACCAGCGAUUGCAAUGACUCCACUAAAUUCCACUAAAGACCAUCCACAUGAAUGAUGUAAUUUCUCGUUAACACGUCUCAAGACGAACGUGGAUGGCAUUCAGGUUUAAUGAAACGUUCGUGUUAGAGUGAGCCUUCGUGUAGAAAUCAUGCAGAGUUUAGUUCAGAGUUUAGUUAAAAGUGGUUUAGUGUCGGAUUUUAUUGUUUUAACUAUCUACAACUAACAUUCUACAUACUGAUGCUAGCCAUAUUGAAAACCUCUCUUCAGUGCCAGCUACAACAGUUUUGACAGUCUCAAACAUGCAAGUCCGUUAACGAACUCCCUUCAUGCUUGAGUAUAACUGUUUAGUGUUUGUCUGGGGUUCGUUGUACAUUACACCGUUGCCACUACCUCAGACGUGUUUGAAUCU